CAUUCCACUAAAUGUCUUAAGAGGGGGUAUUUUUCCUUGCAUUUGAAUCCUCCCUCUCCAAUCAUCCAACUUUCCUCUUCAUAUCCCCAUAUUUAUCUUCUUUUCCCCAUUUUACUAUUUGCUUUUUUCCCUUUUCAUUUUGUCUGUGUCCCUCAUGUUCCUUUUCACCUUGUCAAGAGGUUAAUUUUAUUGUUUCUAUAUUCUUUUUGAGGGUUGUGUGAUAUAUCUUUAUGUUAAUCCACAUUUUAUUAGUUUAUUUCUGCAAUUUUUUGCCAAAAAAAUGACCUUUCUUUUGAAUUUUUGGAUGCCCAUUUGUUAAAAAAGCUCAAUUUUUGCUAUUUAAUGGUAAAAAUUUGGCCUUUCUUUGAAUUAUUGGAUACCCCAUGUGUAAAAAAGCUCAAUUUUUGCAAUUUAAUGCUAAAAAUUUGACCUUUCUUUGAAUUCUUGGAUACCUAUAUGUAAAAAGAUUCAAUUUUUAUACUUUUAUGUUAAAGUUGAGAGCUUGUUUUGUGUAAAAUCCAAAAAAAUGUAUGGAACCCAUAGCAAGAGAGACAUGGAGAUUGAAUAUCAAUCUCAAGUUCCAAUUUUGAGGCCAAGUAUACAUGCCAGAAGGGCAAAGAUUACUGUGAAAUUUCAAGAUCUGUAUGGAUUUACUGUUGAAGGGAAUGUUGAUGAUGUUAAUGUGUUGAAUGAGGUUAGGGAGAAAGUUAGGGAACAAGGGAAAGUUUGGUGGUCAUUAGAAGCUAGCAAAGGUGCUAAUUGGUAUUUGCAAACUCAUGUUUCCUCAACCCUUAAAACAUCCCUCAAAUUCUCUGCUUUGGUGAAUGCAAUUACUCUCAAGAAGCUCAUUAGAAAAGGAAUUCCACCUGUUUUGAGGCCUAAGGUGUGGUUUUCACUAUCAGGAGCUGCUAAGAAGAAAUCGACUGCCCCGGAUAGUUAUUAUGAGGAUUUGACAAAGGCUGUACAGGAUAAGGUCACACCUGCAACCAAGCAGAUUGAUCAUGACCUUCCACGAACCUUUCCUGGUCACCCCUGGUUGGACACUGCUGAGGGUCAUGCUGCCCUUAGGCGGGUCCUUGUUGCCUAUUCUUUCCGUGAUUCUGAUGUUGGCUACUGCCAGGGAUUAAACUAUGUUGCAGCAUUAUUAUUGCUGGUGAUGAAAACCGAAGAAGAGGCUUUCUGGAUGAUUGCUGUCCUUCUAGAGAAUGUGUUAGUCACCGACUGUUAUAAUAAGAACUUAUCUGGAUGUCAUGUUGAACAAAGAGUGUUCAAGGAUCUAUUAACCAAAAAAUGUCCAAGGAUAGCCGCUCAUUUGGAGGCACUGGAGUUCGACGUUUCUCUUGUUUGCACCGAAUGGUUUCUCUGCCUUUUCGCCAAAAGCUUGCCUUCUGAGACAACCUUGCGGGUCUGGGACGUCCUUUUCAAUGAAGGUGCAAAUCUUCUAUUUCAUGUGGCAUUGGCAAUUUUUAAGAUGAACGAAGAAGAGUUGCUGACGGUGCAUCAUGUUGGGGAUGUAAUUCAUAUAAUCCAGAGAUGCACACAUCAACUUUUUGAUCCUGAUGACUUGUUGACGGUUGCUUUUGAUCAAAUUGGUUUUAUGACUACUACUACUAUAUCAAGACAGAGGAAAAAGCAGGAACCAGCGGUCAUGGCAGAGCUUGACCAGAGACUAAGGCGGUUAAAUUCCAUAAACGCGAGUGAUGAACAAUAGUUUUGUGAUGGAAACCUUAUAAUUGUAGUAUAUAUAUAUAUAUACAUGUUGUAUCUCUAUCAGGGCAUGCUGCCCUUAUAGGACAUCACAACCCUUGUGCUCAUAAUGCAAUGAGCUAAACAACAGCUUGAAGAGUCCUGUUGUGUUUAUUUAUGUUGAUAGAUCUUCAAAAGUGUAAAUUUUGAACUGUUGUAUACUAGUCCUAUAUUAUUUCCCCUUGUUAACUUAUCCAGUUUUGCAUACUUUCAAGAAUGGAAUUAUUAUA